AAAUUAUUUUAACUGUUUAGAAAUUAUGGCAUCUGUUAGUGGUGCUGCAGCUGCUUCUGCUAAGAAACUUGUCGCAAUUGUUACAGGAGGUGCUUCUGGAUUAGGUAAAGCAACAGUUAAAUAUCUGACUGGAAAAGGCUACAAUGUUGGAUUAUUUGAUUUGCCAUCCUCGGAAGGUUCUAAACUUGCUGAAGAGAUUGGCUCGGGGAUUGUGCAAUUUCGACCUUUGGAUGUUUCGUCAGAAGAUCAAGUGAAAGAAGCCGUUGAUUCGAUAGCCGGUCAGUUUGGUCAGCUCAAUUUGGUUGUGAACUGUGCAGGUGUUGCCUUUGCCCAAAAACUGUAUUCAACCACAAAGGCUGAUUUUAUGAAACGCGAGCGAAUUGAUAAAAUAAUUAAGGUUAAUCUUUACGGGACAAUUAAUGUAAUUCAAUAUAGCUUGCCUCAUUUAAUUGCAAGCACUCCAGAUGAGAAUAACCAAAGAGGUUUAUCUUUAUAUUCUGCCACAAAAGGUGCCAUUGCUUCAAUGACAUUGCCACUUGCACGAGAUUAUGCUGUACCUGGUAUUCGUUUUGUCACAAUUGCACCUGGACUUUUUGAGACUCCACUUAUGGAUUCGUUGCCAGAUAAGGCGAAAAAGUUUUUGGGAAAGCUUGUUUUGAGCCCGCAGCGUUUGGGGUAUCCUGAGGAGUUUGCAGCUUUAGUUGGACAUAUCGUUGAAAAUCCCUAUAUAAAUGGAGAAGUUAUUCGUUUGGAUGGUGGUCUUCGGAUGUCACCUUAA